AUGUCCUGCUCCAUGGCACCUAUCCAACUCGACCCAGGCCACACAUCUUGCAUCGGCGGCCGAACAGUCCUCACAUGCCGCCACUGCGCGGGCAACGCACCGAGAGGCGCCAUCUGCAACAGCUGCAGCGGACGAGGCUUCAACAUCUUCAUCUGCGCGCACUGCAACCCCGCCGGAGCAGCCGCCGCGGCAGUCCGCACCGUGGGAGGACCGUUCCAGACGUCGACCCCCGAGUCGUCGACGCCUACCUCGCCGGCUUCGCUCAGCAGGAGCUCGUCGACGUCUGUGUCGUCGCAGAAUGACCUGCGGCAGACGCAGCCUUGGAGGCGGUUUGGGGACGGUGAUGAUGGGCCUGGUGGGGGGAGGAUUGGUGCUAAUGCGAAUACGCCGAGGGGGUUCUAA